AGGUGCGACGGCAUUGAUUUCAUGCCAAAGCGUUCAUGGGUUUAUAGGGCCAGGGAACCAUGAAUGGGCAAAUGAGCAAGAGACUAAAGCCGAUAGAUAUCCUAUCAUCCGAGCCUCCGGGCCACUUCCAACAAAUACAACUCAGGCAUUCAUUCAGAGAUAGACCCCAAGUUGGAAGAGGCGACACAUGACCUUUUGGAGGAAACUGAGACGGGGGAGCUCACUGAUCGACGGCAGGAAUGCCCUAAUGCACCUCAAUCCACACCGAGUAGUAUGGACCCACCACAAACAAAAGGACUAUCAAGCUACAAACGCUCUCUCCACCUCGGAUUACAGGCAUUACUAAGAGAGACAUCAGCACCAGACACCCAGUCCUUUCAAGAUGCCGUGGCAUACUGUAGAGCAGUUAUCGACUCCCCACAAGACAGCCUACAGCGCUCAACCUCCUACUGGAACAGAUCCUGCUCCGAGAUCAACAGAACGCUACUAACUCGAUACGGACCACGAAUCAUCACAGCCGCACGCAACGGAGUCCAAGAUAUAAUCUGCGACCACUUUCACAACCACCGCCUGAGCUUACCACACGUGAACAAGAAAGCCAACUUCAAGCGCAACUACAAGAAUCUGAGUAUGGGCGGGCCGUUCCACCCCUCGUCGGAUCCGCUCGUAGUUGGCUGUUUCGAAUCAGGAGCCUUACCCUGUGCCCUAGCCAUGAGCGCAUGGCUCGCACCCGAAGCAGCCGUCAAAGCUGGCAUAAUAUCCAGCAUCUCCGUAUGCGACGACUACGGUGCGUUCGCUACCUUUAGUUACAAGACCCGUUUGCGCAUGGUUGCGAUAGCCCUAGGAUCAGCCUACGAGUUCGGCGACCAGGCCAUAAACGCCGUCGUAAACGGAAGCAUGCUCCAAUGCAUCGGCAGCGGGGUCCAGGUAACCCCCGAAGCAGCGAUUGCAUGGCGAGCCGUCGGCGGCUGCUCAUCGCCCUACAGCGGCUAUACAUUCGGCACCUACCCACUCGAAGCAGGCCUCGUGGCGCCCGAAGUCCUAACCGCAAUACACGACCUGCUGGACUGGAGAAGCGACAUUGCAGCAGGGAACCAUGAAAAUGGUGUUUCGGCCGUCUACGGGCUCGGGUUCACGGACCCUUUCCACACGUAUCUGGAAAAAGUGCUCCAACGGGCUGCAUUCCAUCCCGUGUCUGGGGCUUAUGCCAUUUCCGCGAUGGUGUAUAUACAUUUUACCGCAUCGCGGUAUGGGGCGUAUGAGUAUCGGGGUGAAAAUGGACAGCCAUGUCCUGUGUGUGUUGUGCUACUGCGGGACAUCACCGUCCAGUCGGGCCUGGUGUGGGCUCCGAAACAGCCUCCACGGGAUUUUGGCGAGGGGCGUAAGUUUCGGGAUCUAGGGGUGCGGUUGGUCGAAGACUUUGAAGAUCAUGGGCUUGUUCAGGAGGCUUUUCGCUGGUUUCAGUAUCUUGUGCUUACUGCUCAAAUCUGGGUGUUUGAUGCACUUAGGCCGAUUAGUGCGGUGGACGAUGCGGCUGAGUGGUGUUGAAGGGUAACUGCCGAGACCAGUCCAGUCUAGGCCUUAAAGACAGUAGGCUAAGGCCAUUGAUAAAUACUAACUGACUCUCUCACUAUGGCUGUAAUUUAUAUUUCAAAAGUGAUGUUGAUGCAGGGCUUCGGCUUUUGAAUGACUUAGGGCUUACAGCCUUGGCGCUCGGGUAGGAAAGUAUCACUGACCCUUGCAUUGUUAUUGUUGUGGCCAAUCCUUUAUAUGCAAGAUGUUACUAGCUAAAUUAUCUGUGGCAGAGUGGUGAAAUAAUUACGGGCUGUGAAGUUCAUUUAAUCCUUUGAGAGUAGUCCUGCAUUCGGUUGAGACGGUGCGCCUGACGGUGCGGACGGUAGUCCCUUGAAACCAAUAGUAGACGUGUGGUUUACAAUCACAGGAGAAAGAAUUAAAGAUGAUGGUAUGCUGAAAACCUACUUGGCAAUAAUAAGAU